GUAAGCAACUCCCCCGCAGGUACACAGUUAUAAGUUGUGUGCCAUCUAGAGUCACUGCCCUUCAGUGAGACAGAGGAGCAGCACAGGAGGCAGGUAGGCACAGGACACUUUGCUGCUGCUGAGGGCAGCACUCGUGCCCCAUAUACUGAAGGAAAUAAGCCAAUAUGAAGACCUGGAACUGUUUAACGCUCCUUCUCCUGGCGCUGCCGUCUGCCCUGUCGUAUGCGUAUACACACCCAGGAUCUCUCAUGUAUCCCUAUGGGCCUGCUUAUAACGACUUAUUAUCUGAGGUCGAAGAUGACGGUGGAGAAAAAUUUUCUAUGUCACAUUCAUUCAAAUUCUUUGGUGAAAUCUACAGAGAGGUGUAUAUAAACAACAAUGGUGCCAUCUCAUUUGGAGCACCAAUGACAGAGUAUACUCCUGAUGCGUUCCCUAUUAAGGAUGCCAAUAUGAUCUGUCCCUUUUGGGCAGACGUUGAUAACGAACAGUUUGGAGAUAUAAUGUACAGAGAGACAACAGACACAGUACUGCUGAAACAGAUGUCUGACGACAUGAACAAGUAUUUUGUAGAAUUAAAUUACGUUGCUAGCUGGGCCAUGGUAGUAACAUGGCAUGAGGUGGCGUAUCAUGGAACUGAAUCAAACAAGACGAACACCUUCCAGUGUGUGCUUAUGUCCGACAGUCUCCAAAGAUGUUUGGUUGUAUUCAACUAUCAUGAAAUUCAGUGGAUAACGGGCACAGCUAGUGGCGGAGAUCCUAUGACAGGUCUUGGAGGCACCCCUGCCCAGGCUGGAUUCAACACAGAGCAUGAGUACUUCAAUAUGCCCAUGUCCAGAACAGAUCACAUUAUAAACAUUAAAUCUACCAGCAACGUUAAUUGUCCCGGCCGUUGGGUCUUCCGAGUGGAUCACUUUCAGGUGCCAAAUGGCUGCUUGUAUAAAGACAGCUUCAUGCAACAUGGGGAAACCAUGUGGACUGAAGACACAUGCAACCAAAAAUGUGCCUGCAGGUUUGAUGGUAAAGUGCACUGUGAAGAGAAGCCCUGCGACGAAGGCCAAGUCUGCCUGCCUGCGGGCCGCAACUUCUUGUGCCAGAUCAACGAAGAGGACUGUUAGAUCUCCGCCUAUUGAUCUGCUGAUGGGUCCCAGAGCCGCAGACCUGUUAACCUGCUUGCAUUCUUUCUCCAGCCAAUCAGCUAUUUUAGACAAUAUUAUUUAGAUCCAGAGUAUAGACUCUACUUUCUACCAUUGCCUUAUUCCACAGGUUCUCAAACUCGGUCCUCAGGACUCCACACGGUUCAUGUUUUGCAGUUCACCUGUAGAUUUUUAAAAUUUGACAGUUGGUGGUACACAGUGCACCUGCUGGGUGACAUGGAAAACCUGAACCGUGUGGAGUCCUGAGGAUCGAGUUUGAGAACCACUACCUUAUUCUAAUCCAAACACUGGGAAAGCCGUAAGAUCAUACAAUACUCUGUGUAUCUUCAAAAUGCUAGGCUACACCAUUUUGCACUUUCCAUGAUGAAACCAUCAACAAAAUAAGUCCAAAUUCUUUCACUUGAAACCCACAUUUUUCCUGUGCUAAUGUCAACAGUAUUUAGUUUAGAUCCAAUUUUUUGGUUAUAACACAUUCCAACUCAUUGAAAGUCUUCAUCUUCAUGAAUGACCCACAGUGGUCCUAAAGAUGCGUGGCAAGACCGUUUUGCCCACCAGUCCUUUUCUUCUAACAAAAGUUGCAAAAAUUGAUGUAUUACCCCUUAAAUUAAAGUAUUCUGACUUUUUUCUCUUAGACUAACACACAUUAAAGAAAUAGUACCCGCA